AUGCUUGCAAAGAUAGCACGGGGUAUCCUCUCGACACCUGCCAGUGGUGCUGCUGUUGAACGGCUCUUUAAUUGUGCUCGUGAUGUCUGCCACUAUCGUCAGGGGCAACUAAAACCAGACACAAUCAAAGGUCUGAUGCUCCACUUAUUCUCACCAAAGUUUGAGCUUGAACAAAGCGAGCUACAGAUGAUCAAGGAGAAUUUGUCCAGUGGCGACGCUGCUAUGCUUGAUCAGAUAAUGAAGCCUGUACCUCUCAAUGAGGUCGAGCCGAUCAGCGAUAAUGAAGAAGAGGGCUGCGAAGAUGAUGAUCUAUCUGAUGAUUUAGACAGUUCAGACGAUGAUCAUUUAGAGGAAGAGUUGACUCUCACACAGAUUAUAACUCAGAGAAAGCAAGCAUGA